UCCCGCCACUCAUCUCCAACCCGGUGGAGCUUUCGAGAACCGUCGUGACGUUGGGGGGCGCUGAACGGCAUCGACGAUGUAAUUGACUUGUUUUGUCUGGUGGCAUCCUUCUCCGAUAUUUAAAAGGCUUUAAAAGGCUGGGUUUCCCACAAGGAUCACUGAUUUUUUGUCAGUUGAUUCUUAUACUUCAACACACUAGCCACAACCAUGGCCUCGAGGCUACAGCUGACUCGCUGUCGGCUUCUGCGUACUCCAAGUCGGAUUAUCCACCCGACCCCGAGAUUGCGUCUACUCCCCCAGUCACGGUUACUACCUUCCCUCACCGCGAAUGCGACCGGUCUUCAAUCGAUCCACUCAGUUCGUCACUAUGCCAACGGAAGACCUCACCCUCCAGGUGGCACGCACCGAAUGAACCUGGGGGAUGAGCAGGAAAAAUCAGCGUUGGAACAAUUUGGUAUCGAUCUGACUGCCCGAGCGAAGGCAGGGAAGCUGGAUCCGGUUAUUGGAAGAGACGGCGAAAUUCACCGGACUAUCCAAAUCUUAUCGAGACGGACAAAGAACAAUCCCGUCCUCAUUGGCGCUGCAGGUACCGGAAAGACGGCAGUUCUCGAGGGCCUGGCGCAAAGGAUUGUGCAAGGCGAUGUGCCCGAAAGCAUCAAGGAGAAGAGGGUUGUGGCGUUGGACCUCGGCUCUCUCAUCGCUGGCGCCAAGUUUCGAGGAGAUUUCGAGGAAAGACUGAAAUCGGUGCUCAAGGAGGUCGAGGAAGCCGAGGGUAAAGUGAUCCUCUUCAUUGAUGAGCUUCACACGCUUCUUGGCCUUGGGAAAGCCGAGGGCAGCAUUGAUGCUAGCAACCUCCUCAAACCGGCAUUGGCUAGGGGUGAACUUCAAUGCUGUGGUGCGACGACUCUCAACGAAUAUCGAUUGAUCGAGAAAGAUGUCGCGUUGGCAAGAAGAUUCCAGCCGAUUCAGGUUCCUGAGCCAUCAGUGGCGGCGACGAUUUCUAUUUUGCGCGGUAUCAAGAACAAGUACGAGGUCCACCAUGGUGUACAGAUCACAGACCGUGCAAUAGUGGCUGCGGCAACUUAUAGCAACCGCUACAUCACUGAUCGCUACCUUCCCGACAAAGCCAUCGACCUGGUGGAUGAGGCUGCCUCGGCCCUACGGCUGCAACAAGAGUCAAAGCCUGACGCCAUCAGAGAAUUGGAUCGCGAUAUUACAACAAUCCAGAUUGAGCUCGAAUCGCUCCGCAAAGAAACCGACGUCAGCAGUCGCGAACGCCGAGACAAAUUACAAAAAGACUUGAAGGUUAAGCAGGAGGAGUCUGCUAGAUUGAGUGAGAUUUGGGAGAAGGAAAAAUCCCAGAUUGAGUCGAUCAAGCGCGCGAAAGAAGAGCUGGAGCGUGCGCGCUUUGAAUUAGGAAAGGCUCAGAGAGAAGGCGAUUUCGCAAAAGCCGGAGAGUUACGAUACUCGACAAUCCCGGGUCUGGAAGCGAAGCUGCCCAAGGAAGAGCAAACUAUCGGACCUCAGUCCCUGAUCCAUGAUUCCGUCACAGCGGACGACAUUGGGAACGUUGUUUCCCGUGCCACGGGCAUUCCUGUCAAUAAACUCAUGGCGGGAGAUGUCGAAAAGUUGAUUCGGAUGGAAGACACACUACGCCAAGCCGUUCGUGGACAGGAUGAAGCUCUUACCGCUGUCGCCAACGCGGUACGCAUGCAGAGGGCAGGUCUUAGCGGUGAGAAUAGGCCGCUGGCAUCAUUCAUGUUUCUGGGCCCCACCGGUGUCGGAAAGACUGAGCUUUGCAAGAAAAUGGCCGAGUUCCUGUUUUCAACAGAAACUGCUGUCGUGCGAUUUGACAUGAGCGAAUUCCAAGAGAAGCACACGAUCAGCCGUUUGAUUGGAUCGCCCGCGGGUUAUGUUGGCUACGAUGAUGCUGGUCAACUUACCGAAGCCGUGAGACGCAAGCCGUACGCGGUCUUGCUGUUCGACGAAUUUGAAAAGGCCCACCGCGAUAUCUCUGCCCUCCUCCUGCAGGUUCUCGAUGAGGGUUAUCUCACGGACUCCCAGGGCCACAAAGUUGACUUCAGGAACACUCUCAUUGUCCUGACGUCUAACCUUGGCGCCAACAUCCUUGUUGGAGGCGAUCCCUUGCAUACCCACAGACAGUCCGACGAGGACAGUGAGAUUUCUCCCGAGAUCAAGUCUGCCGUGAUGGAUGUUGUGCAGUCUGCAUACCCACCGGAGUUUCUCAAUCGUAUCGAUGAGUUCAUUAUCUUCAAGAGACUGUCCCGAGAGGCACUCAGAGAUAUUGUCGACAUUCGUAUCAGGGAACUCCAAUCCAGACUUGACGACCGACGGAUUGUUUUGGAGGUUGACGGCGAAAUCAAGGACUGGCUGUGUAAUAAAGGAUAUGACCCGAAGUUCGGUGCCCGUCCCUUGAAUCGGUUGAUCUCGAAGGAGAUUGGAAACAGGCUGGCCGAUAAGAUCAUCCGCGGCGAGAUUACUUCUGGACAGACUGCGCAUGUCUCGCUGGACGCCGAUAAGAAACAACUUCGAAUUACGGCGGUCAAAUCAGCAACCUCAGAGACUGGAAACCCAACAGACAACGAGGUGUUGCCGGAAUGAUCGGUUAGUUUGGAGGACAAGUUGUUCUUGGAGAGAUCUAUCCGGAUUUGGACAUGGUCGGUGUCAUUGCAAAUAGUCGGUUUCUCAAGAAGCAUCCUCACUCAACUCUUGUAUAAUCGUGUAAUAUAUUAUGUACAGUAUAGCUAAAUACCACAAGCAUUCAUUCUUUGGAAA